UUUGUUUGUCUGAGUCAAGUCCGCCAAGCUAGUCAUUAUCCAAACCACCUUUUUUUGGCAAGCAAGAAAAGGAUGAACAAAGAAUGGAAACAAUCCCAAAGCUGUUAGAGCAUGAGAUAGAUAUGAGUUCAUUAUAUGUAUUUUCAAUGCCUUCUCCACCGCCACCUCCUCCACCACUUCCUGUUGAGAGGGUGAUUGUUGAACCAACCUUAUUCCACAAAGAGGCUAACAUCAAUCCUCCCAAAAAAAGUCCAGUUCCUCCCACUUUUGCAAAAACUUUCACCAUCGCAUCCCUUCAACAGUGUACAAAUAGCUUUUCUCAAGACAAUCUUAUAGGUUUAGGCAUGCUGGGGAGUGUGUAUAGGGCAGAGCUUCCAGAUGGAAAGAUACUUGCUGUGAAGAAACUAGACAAGAGAGUUUCUGAUCACCAAACAGAUGAUGAGUUUCUCGAAUUGAUAAACAGUAUUGACAGAAUCCGACAUCCAAAUAUUGCUGAGCUUAUUGGGUACUGUGCAGAGCAUGGCCAAAGGCUUCUUAUUUAUGAGUAUUGCAUUAAUGGGUCGUUGGAGGAUGCACUCCAUUCAGAUGAUGAAUUCAAAACAAGAUUGUCAUGGAAUAGUAGGUACAAGUAAACUGACUUUUACCUACAGACGACCGUAGGUACAAGUAAACUCACUUUUACCUACAGUUAGAGAUUAUAGGUAUAAAUUAAUAUUUUUUACCUACACAUUUGAAAUAGUAGGUGUUACCUAUAGUGAUAGUUAAAUUUGAUUGUAGGUAAAAAUAUAUCCGUAGGUAAAGCCUAUAGUGACAGACUAUUAGUUGUCACUGUAUACCCCCUCAAAGUUGACGCAAAAAACGUCUGUAGGACAAAGUCUUUUAUACAUCUACCUACGGAUUUUGGACUUCUAGUGAUAGAUGUUGACUGUAGGUAAAAGUCAUUUUUCUUGUAGUGACGUAUUGUAAGUUAGAUCAUAAACUUUUGUCGACUGAUUUAACCUAUUUUUACUCCUACACAUUGCUCAACCAAUAUGAGAAUCAAUUUUCAACCUAAUAUGAGAAUUGAUUUUGGUUACGCUAGUUGACUCAAUUGUUUGGCCAAAACUACUAGCCUACAAUAAUUGACUCGAUGAUUUUGCGACAA